UUACCGAACGGGCGUGGGAGCUCCUCUGCGCCCGUCACUAGCCAAUUACAUGGACGGUAGAGGGAAGGGUCUGCUGGCUAGGUGCAGUUGCAGAGGAGCUGAGCGGACACGACGUGUGAUCGGGGGCCGCGAUGAAGGGGAUGAAAGGAUAUACGUUUCGCAAUUUCAAUCACUUAUCGCGAUCACACGAUUCGCGCAUAGAUCGUUGGAACAGCCGGUGAGCUGGCUGCAACUGACUCGCUCUAGGUGGGCCGUCGGUCCCUAAGUUUGUCCCCUUGUCGCGCCUGUGAACCUCACGGGCUGAGCCUCGAGGCACGUUAAUUGCGUAAUAAUAUGGCUGGGGCCGAUAACCCGCUGGGUCAGUUGAAUCCGGGGCUGCUGCGGCAGGUUGCUGGUGCUCUCCACCCCAACGAGGUCGCUUCCAGCUUCAAGUUUGCCAGCAAGGAGGUUUAUACGUGCCUCCGUGACUACAAGACCUUCAAGCUGGCUAGGGAGCCGUCGCAGUGGUUUUGCAGCGCCCUGACCUCCAACAUACAGCUCUGCCUCGCGGAGCAGCCCUGGCCCGGACACGACUUCGUGGCCCACUGGGGCCGCCCGGAGCCCUGGCGCGCGCUGAAUCAGCGGCAGAGGCACCGCCUGCUGUGCCUGGCCGCCUCCAGCCGGCACCCUCCCAGCCUGGAUGCGGCGCUUGAGCACUGCGGCACUGUGGUCAAGUCGGAUGCGCUUGUGUCCGCUGCCGCCGUUGGCGACCUGGAGGCGUGCCGCCAGCUGCUGGUUGAGGAGGGCUGCCACUGGGACGGCUACACAGUGUGGACGGCCGCCGCCAUGGGCGGUCAUGUGCCGGUGUGCCAGUGGCUUAUGAACGUGACCGACAUGUGCGAGGACGACGCCGACCUCGGCCGCUACGCGCGGUACGCGGAGCACGCUGCGUGCUUGCGGGGGCAGCGAGAGGUCGUGGCGUGGGUGCAGCAAUGGCGCGGAGGCCUGCCCGCGGUUGCUGGCUAUGGCAACAAUUCGCCGCGGGCUGAGGCACACAAGCUCGCGACCGCCGCUGCGGAGGGAGGGCAGGUGGAGUUGCUGGGCGAGCUGCUGGCGGCGGCGGCGGUGACGGACGCCAUGCAGCGCCGCGAGGUGCUGGCGGGUGUGGCGUACGGCUGCCCGCUGGAGGCGCUGCAGCGGCACUACGGGCAGUGGGGCACGGAGGCCGCGGCGGAGGCCCAGCACAGGCGGGCGCUGCUGCUACGCGCGGUGGCCAGCCCCACCGGCGACUGGGCGGCCAAGUGCGACUGGCUGCUGUUGCAGUGGGUCUCGUCGCCGGGCUGGGCUCCAGCAAGCCACGGCACGGCGCGCCUUGACGAGGAGUUGUGGCGGCAAGCGGGGGGGCAGCCCGACUACCUGCAGCGCCUAGAGCGCCUGGCUGCGUGCGGCAUUGACGUGCCUGCGGAGGCGGUGGAGGCCGCAGCUGCAGCCGGGAACGUCUCCGCAGCGGCGUGGUGCCUGGGUCUGCCGCCGCUGCUGCGUGCUGCAGGUUGGGGGCAGGCAGGCCAGCAGGAGCCGGCGUCGCAGGUCCUGGCAAAGGCAGCGACAGCGGCGGGGCAGGUGCAGGUGCUACGGAUGCUGCGGGAGCGGGGCGUUGCGCUCAGCUUCGCGCACCUGCUGAACGCGGCCCCUGAGCGUCGGGAUUGCACGUCUACCUCAACGGAGAGGGCGUUCGAGUGCCUGCCCGCGCUGCGGUACGCGGCGAUGGAGGGCGGGCUAAACGAGGCUGCAGCUGAGGCUGGUGCGGACUGGUCGGCGGUGUUUCGGCGCGCGGCGCAGCACGGGGCUGACCUGGAGUUGCUGCGCCACCUGCACGAGCAGCGCGGCGCCGCCAUCAGCUUCAUGGACUUGGUGGCAGGCGGCAGCGAGGAACAGCUCGAGUGGGCGCUGGAGGCGCUGGGGCCCGCAGGAGUGAGCAGCCAGGCCAGCGGCGCGGCUCUUGUCGAGUCCGCGCUGCUGAGCGGCAACUGGGCCGCCGCCGAGUGGCUGCGCAGCCGCGGCCUUGCUGUGGAUCCCGACAACCAGCAGCAGCUGCAGCAGCUCUUGUGCUCCCUAGCGGCGGAGCAAGGCGACCCCUUGCACAUCCCUGCGCUGUGGUGGCUGCUACAGCGCUACGACCUGCAAUGGACGCUCGAGUGCAGGGAAGCGCUGGACGCGUGUUGGGAGAUUGGUUCGGACGGGGGCUGGCCCGUGCCGGUGGGACAUCGUCUGUGGUUGCAGAAAAUGAUGCAAAUGGGAGACGAGGCCCUGGCUGAGGCGGCGGAAGGUGCGUAGCGGGGGGCGGCAGAGGGUGAGGGCAGUGGGACUGAGCAAGGCGGGAUUGGAGUUGUGGAGGAUAGAGUCGGAGUGGGGACAGGCAGCCGCCGCGACGCGGAGGACGACUACAGGCCAUGUGCAUCGCUUGCAGAGGGACGUGGUGUGGUUGGGAACGCAAAUGUUGCAGUUACCGAAUGCCGAUGUUUGUAACUACUGCGCAUAGAUGCUAGUCAAGCGGUCCGUGCACGCGCACGGUAUGUUGUGCUCCUGCGUUGACGGGAUUCGCUAGCUACUGCCAAGGCUGAAUACACUGUUGAAGAGCAUUGUAGGUUGGGCUGCUGUAUUAGUAGGCCGUGGAAGCCUGGAGGGCCUGCUCUCCCCGUCUUGGUGCGGUAAUAUACUACUGAGUACUGGGCACAAAGCAAGCCCCAUCUUGUAAACGUUGGACGAG